CAAGAAGUGCCGCAUACCUAGACGCUUGUAAAAUAGAAAAGAAGAAGAGUAUUAGACAAACCUCAUUAGAGUUUUUUUGCGCGUAGGCUUGUGGCAUGUUUGCGUUUAUUUCCCACAACAAUUCUCCCAGAAGUAAUUGUGUGUUUUUCGAACCGGCAUUGACAAAUCAGUUGGUGAGCUCGCAUUGUGCCCGCAGUUGCCAGUUAGAGAUUCAUCGAACGUGAUGCUAAACUCGUCGGGCGGCAACAUGUCCCAAAGUGCAGGGCAGGGCUCCGGCGAAGGCUCCAAGUCCAGUGCCAGCUUGAAGCCCAACUACAACCUGAAAUUCACAUUGGCCGGCCACACCAAAGCCGUGUCUUCAGUGAAAUUCAGCCCGAAUGGCGAGUGGCUGGCCAGUUCCUCUGCAGACAAGCUGGUGAAAAUUUGGGGCUCGUACGACGGCAAGUUCGAAAAAACUAUCAGCGGCCACAAGUUGGGUAUAAGUGAUGUGGCCUGGUCAAGCGAUAGUCGCCUUCUAGUCUCGGCUAGUGACGAUAAAACGUUAAAAAUCUGGGAACUUGCCUCCGGCAAGUGCCUGAAAACGUUGAAGGGCCACAGCAACUAUGUGUUCUCGUGCAACUUCAACCCACAAUCGAACCUGAUCGUGUCGGGCUCCUUUGACGAGUCAGUGCGGAUCUGGGACGUCCGCACUGGCAAGUGUCUGAAAACGUUGCCGGCCCAUUCAGACCCAGUGAGUGCGGUCCAUUUCAAUCGAGAUGGCUCCCUAGUGGUCAGCAGCAGCUACGAUGGCCUUUGCAGAAUAUGGGAUACGGCGUCCGGCCAAUGUCUGAAGACUCUAAUUGAUAACGACAAUCCCCCAGUUUCAUUUGUCAAGUUUUCGCCCAAUGGAAAGUACAUUUUGGCCUCGACGUUGGACAACACUCUGAAACUGUGGGACUACGCAAAGGCCAAGUGUCUGAAGACCUACACGGGCCACAAGAACGAAAAGUAUUGCAUUUUCGCAAACUUUUCUGUGACUGGCGGCAAGUGGAUAGUGAGUGGGUCGGAGGACAAUAUGGUCUACAUCUGGAACCUGCAGACUAAGGAGAUUGUCCAGAAGCUAUCGGGCCAUACGGAUGUGGUUCUGUGCACCACCUGCCAUCCAACUGAAAAUAUCAUCGCAUCUGCAGCUUUGGAGAACGACAAGACAAUUAAGCUGUGGAAAAGCGACACGUAAAUCGCAACAAAAGUUUUUUGUCUGGAAAUCUUGUUUGUGGUGUAGCCAGUUUUCGUUUUUGUGGUAAUUUUACAAACUCUUCGAGUAUUUGGUGAGUGUUGUUCUAGUGCUUGGGACAGUUUUUCAUAGGCUGCAAUGGAGCAACAUUUCUAUUUUUUACAACUUUUUAGCAAUCGUUUUAGUUUCCGUUUAUAUCUUCCAUUAUCGUUAUUUACAUGUUGCGAAAGUGAGCGAAAUGCCACUUUGCGCAUAGUGUUACUGACAAAAUAUCCGUAUUUCAUUAGGUCUAAGUUUCGGCAAUUUACGCUCUUGAGUAAUUGCGUACUAGUAGGAAAUAAGUAUUUUUGUAUUGCAGAUAUGUAUGCUACAUGACCGCCACUCGGGCUUUAUUUUGAUCGGCAAACUUUUAAUUUUUCAAUAGCAUUGAAUGGUAUUGUAACUGGUCCAAUAAAGUCGAACAUUUGCCUCAUUUA